UUGCCAUUAGUCUUUUAGAGGAGUAAGUGCGAGUGCUUUUUGCUGAAAUUGAGGGUCACGACGGGAUCGAAAAGUCCUCCAGCUGAACAUUCCAUGGCUCUCAAAACACUAAACUGAGGUGACAGUCUUCUUGCUGAUGUAAUUUCGAACUGUCUCCGUGAAAUUGUGGGAUGUAUUGACGUGUUGAGUUGGGUGGAUAAUGGAUAAACUCUUGGUUGUGGUCCUUCUGAGUUUGUGGCAGGUGGUGGGCUCAAUGUCAUCGUGGGAUGGAUGUGGCAAUCGAUUGGAGCGGGCACUCGAUUCUAUGACCAAGGAGGGGAUUAGGAGGGUGAGACAGGAGCAGGAGGAGUCCAGCGCGGUUUAUCAGAGGACUUUGAUGACUGCUCCACUCGUGAUGACUGUUACCAGAGUCGCUGUAAAGCUUCCCCGAGACCAGAGUAGAGUGAAUAACUGGGCUCGAGUGGAGCGUUGCCAGUUCGAGCCGUCCAACAACUCCCUCCGAAGCCGAGUAAUGCUCAAUGACCUGACCAUAUCCGGUCUAGUCUCCCUUCACCCUAAGAAGGGACGAUCAACAGCUUUAGGUGAGGCCUGCAGGAUGAGCCUUCGCCUCCGUCGCGCUGGCAUCGACUUCACCACAAGCCCCAUAGCAAGAACCCGGGGUCAAAUGCGAAUUAGAACGGAGUCGAGUUUUCUGGAGCCGCGAUUCGUCUCCAUCUACGCAUACGCUUGCCGACCACUUGGUCGCGUCGAUAGACAGAUAAAGCGACAAGACAAGCCCUCCCCGUCCGCACAGUCAGACCGGCAUUAUGAGGCAGCUGAACCGAGAGAUGGUGGUUUACAGAGGUCCAGUGAAGAGGAUAUUCAGAUCGCCAAUGAGAGUACGUCUUCGGCAUUCACCUUCUCUAGGUACGAUUUAUCGUUAACUAAGGAACAUCCCUGGAUUACGAAACUGCCAGAGGUUAGGAGAAAAAAACGGUCCAACGCCAGUGCCAGUGAUGUCGAUGAUUUCGAUGGGGAGAUCAAGCAUCAGCUCCUACUUGAGAACGAAAGGGGAGGGGCUGUCGACUGGCAGUCGAUGGAAAACGUUGCCAGGGAGAUGGAGGAUGUCUUCCUUAGGGGGGCUAGCGAGGCUCUCACCAAGUACAUCGAGAGACAACUGCAUCCUGCCAUUAAGGAGACACUCAUGGUGUCCAUGGGCUACACUAUUAGUUAUGGGUAGUUUGGCUGUGCCUGGAUUUUUGGAGAUUCGAUGAGGAGCCAAAAAAAAUUGAUCUGUGAGAAAUAUAACUGACUAGAGAAAUAAAUUAAUACUUAGUUAGCAAACUGUCCAUAACCGUAGUCGAGCUGUCAUGAACGAAGAGCUCCACAAAGAUUCUCAUCAAAGUCGGCAACCCUCCUCCAACCACUUCGUUUCCUCCAAUUUUUCAACAGAGCUAAUGUUACUACUCGUCUAGUCUAACCACUCCUUUUAGUUCUUCGAUAAAUUAUUCUAUAUUAAGCUAAAUUAUAUUUUUUUUAAUUUUACAUUCAAAAGUUUAAUUUACACACGUAACCUAUGUAAAAGUACGAGAGCUUGUUCAUAGAAAGUGAAAUGAAGUGCAGUAGUGGCUGCGGCUUUCAAUUGACUAGGUAAGAGGCCUUUAAAGAGGCCCCUAAGGCCCUCGUUCUUAGCGGUUUUACUUAAGCACUCCAUUAGUCCCCGACAACUGAAGAAUUUUCCAAAA